GCGCACGCCUGUGCGGCCUGGCCUGGGCCGGGGGCGGCCUGUUUGCCGCUUCUCCGCUCACCUUUGGGAAAAAGCAUUGUGGAGUCGAGUUUUCGUUCCGUGGUCCCUUUACCGUCUGUUUCGGUGCAAGUCCUGGUCUGCAGGCGGCUGCCUCAAACUGCCCAAAUGCUGGUUAUGAUGUGUACUGUAAGAAAGUUGACCAGCUCCAAAAUGUUAUCUCAGUGUCUGUGCCAAGGUUACAAAUGUUUGGUUUUACACAACUUAAAACUGCAUUCAAUAACUGUGGCUACUUUGGCCAGAAGGAUCCAUUCUUCAGCAAAAAAGCUUUCUGACUGUGAGUUAAAGGAACAAACUGUCCAGAAAUGUGAAAUUGAAGAGUUGCCUCGAAGUACACAAAACAGUAACUUUGGAAGAUUGCACAUACCAGUGAUGCUGGAGGAGGUUGUUAAUUGUUUAUCCCCCCAACCAGGCCAGCGUUUCCUUGAUCUGACGUUUGGAGCCGGAGGUCAUACUACAGCUCUUCUAGAGAAAGCCAGCGACAUUACGAUAUAUGCACUAGACAGGGACCCCACAGCUUAUAAAAUAGCUCAGCAGCUUUCCGAAUCGUACCCGAAACAGAUUAAAGCUCUUCUAGGACAGUUUAGCCAGUCAGAGGCUUUGUUAAUCUCCUCUGGAGUUGAGCCAGGGACUCUAGAUGGAGUUCUCCUGGAUGCUGGCUGUUCUUCUAUGCAAUUUGAUACACCUGAAAGAGGUUUUUCCCUGCAGAAGGAUGGACCUUUGGACAUGAGGAUGGAUGGUGACAGGUACCCUGACAUGCCCACUGCUGCUGAUGUUGUGAAUGCUUUAGAUCAACAGGCGCUUGCGUCCAUCCUGAGAACAUACGGGGAGGAGAGGCACGCCAGGAAAAUCGCUUCAGCCAUCGUUCAGGCACGCAGCAUAUACCCCAUCACCAGAACUCAGCAGCUUGCAAGCAUUGUUGCAGGUGCUUUUCCAGCAUCAGCACUGUAUGCACGAAAAGACUUGCUUCAGAGACCUACACAUGUUGCUACCAAAACUUUUCAAGGCCUGCGAAUAUUUGUAAAUGAUGAGCUCCAUGAACUCUUAAUAGGGCUGGAGACAGCUGAGAAGUUUUUAAAACCUGGAGGUCGCCUUGUAGCCCUCUCCUUUCAUUCGUUAGAAGAUCGUAUUAUCAAACGUUUUCUUCAUGGAAUAGACAUGACAGAAAAGUACAAUCUUGGCUCAAAGCAGAAGAUAAGACAGGCUCUGAAAAAUCUCUCCCAAGAAGAUGAUACACAAGAACUUCCCCAUGGAAAAUCCAACUCAAAAUGGGGUUUUAUACAGAAAAAAGUUCUCACACCUCAGGCCAAGGAUGUUCAGACAAACCCAAGAGGAAGGUCGGCCAAGCUAAGAGCUGCUAUUAAACUCUAAACCAAAAUAUAUUAUUAUAUAAUUGUGGGAUUUCCUUAAAUUUUGUUUUCCAGAAGGCUAAUUGGACAGAUAAUACCAAACUGAAAAAAUAAAAUAAAGGCUGUUAGAAAGCAUUUCUUUCUUACUUUUGUGCUUCUUUUUAAUUAGGGCGUAGUGUAGAACAUCAAAAGGUAAACUAAAUGUAGAUAAGCGGUUGUCACUAAUUACACAAAAAAGACAUCUUUUUAAAAAGAGCAUCAGAACCAAAGUUUAUAAAAAUG